AUGGCCAAAGUUAGAGAUACAAGCUUCCUUAUUGUGCUGAUAUGCCUUAUCUUCAGCGUGCUUUCUACAAUUGAACAGUAUGCAGCUCUUGCUACAGGGACAUUAUUUUGGAUGGAAAUUGUAUUAGUGGUAUUUUUUGGAACAGAAUACGUGGUUCGGUUAUGGUCAGCAGGAUGCCGCAGUAAAUAUGUUGGAAUAUGGGGAAGGCUUCGUUUUGCUCGGAAGCCUAUUUCAAUCAUUGAUUUAAUUGUAGUUGUUGCUUCCAUGAUAGUUCUUUGUGUGGGCUCUAAAGGUCAAGUCUUUGCAACUUCAGCUAUCAGGGGUAUCCGUUUUCUGCAGAUUUUACGAAUGCUGCAUGUUGACCGUCAGGGUGGUACAUGGAGGCUGCUGGGAUCAGUAGUGUUCAUACACAGACAAGAACUGAUAACUACACUCUACAUUGGAUUCCUGGGCCUGAUUUUCUCCUCUUAUUUUGUGUACCUGGCUGAAAAAGAUGCUGUAAAUGAUUCUGGAGAGACAGAGUUUGGCAGCUAUGCAGAUGCCCUGUGGUGGGGAGUGGUGACCGUUACAACUAUUGGCUAUGGGGACAAAGUGCCUCAGACCUGGAUAGGAAAGACCAUUGCAUCUUGUUUUUCAGUAUUCGCAAUUUCAUUUUUUGCACUACCUGCGGGAAUUCUUGGUUCGGGCUUUGCCCUAAAGGUACAACAGAAACAAAGACAGAAGCAUUUCAACCGUCAGAUUCCAGCUGCUGCCUCUCUCAUACAGACUGCUUGGCGAUGCUAUGCAGCAGAAAACCCAGACUCUUCUACAUGGAAAAUAUACAUUCGGAAACCUUCCAGAAAUUAUCAUUUGCUGUCACCCAGUCCAAAACCGAAGAAAUCAGUGAUGGUUAAAAAGAAGAAAUUUAAGUUAGACAAGGACAAUGGGCCUUCUUCUCCAGAUAGGAUGUUAACUAUUCCACACAUUACUUAUGACCACGUGACAGAGGACAGGAAACCUGAUUUCAGUUUUGAAGCAUAUGAAAAUUCUGGACAAACAGGAAUGUUAAAAUUGCUUGAUUGUCAGCGCUCCUGGCCAUCCUUUUCCGCAGACCAGCAGUCUUCCAGCGCUCCUUCCUCUCCAGUGAAAAAAAGCCCAACAUUUUUAGAUGUGAACACAGGACCCUUCAUCAGGACCAACAGCUUUGCCGAUGAGCUUGACCUGGAGGGUGAGACGCUGUUGACCCCAAUAACUCACAUCUCACAGCUGCGAGAACACCACCGUGCUGCAAUUAAGGUGAUUCGUAGGAUGCAGUAUUUUGUGGCCAAGAAAAAGUUUCAGCAAGCUAGGAAGCCCUAUGAUGUCCGAGAUGUUAUUGAACAGUAUUCUCAGGGUCACCUCAACCUGAUGGUGCGAAUCAAGGAGUUACAGAGGAGGUUGGACCAAUCCAUAGGAAAGCCAUCUCUUUUUAUCUCCGUCUCAGAAAAAAGCAAAGAUCGAGGGAAUAACACGAUUGGUGCCAGGCUGAACAGAGUGGAGGACAAGGUUACACAAAUGGACCAGAAACUGAACCUCAUUACAGAUAUGCUGCAUCACCUGGUCUCCCGACAGCAGGGGGAUCAAGGGAACAACAGAUCAUCUCAGAGAGGCAACAACAUCAGUUCGGAUCUUUUCCUCCCUAAUAACACCCUGCCGACCUACGAGCAACUGACAGUACCGGGAAGAAAUGAAGACGAUAUAUCCUGA